UGGGAGUAAUAGAAUUUGUUCUUUAUUCUGUGACUAUUUUUUCACAGAAAGACAAACAAGAGGUUGCCUUUAAAUCCAGUACUGAACAAACUUUUCCUUAGAGGCAGGAGACCCUGUUACUGUCCUUUGCUCAAACUGUGGGCAGAGUGUACUGGAAAAGUGAUUAAUGAAUGAUCCUAAAGCUCAGCCCCCACAGUGCUGAGUGUUUUCUGUCUUGGACCUGAAGUAUCACCCAGCUGCUGUCCCAGCAUCUCACCUGGGACCUGCUGUGUCAGCCAGUGUGCAAAACAGUGAGCAAACUGCCCUUUGGUACAGGUCUGAGAGGGAAAGCAUGAACCUGAGAAACUUCUGUGAAUUCUGACAUGUGCUGGUGAGCUGAGUGCUCUCCUGCUGACAGGGCUUGGGUGGGUUUGUGUGUUUCCUGUGGACAAGCUGUUGGAACAAUUUAAAUGUAUGAGUCUGGUCUGUUUGCUAAUGAAUUGUUGUCUGUGUGAGCUUUGGCUGAUUUUUUAUCCCCCUUCUCAUAAAAAAAUUUUUGGAUGUCAAAAUUCAUAUAUAUCAAUUUUGCGUAGACAUAUACAGUGUUCUUCUGUCUUGUGAUAAAUGAGGGAUUUUAAUACCCUCUUUUGAUAUCUUUUGGAAAGACUUUGGAUCUUCUAAAAGGGGGAUGAAAACUCUUCUAAAGCUGACUCUUGCCAUGUAAGAAGAGCUGAUAACUUGUGUCACUUAUAGGAAUGGCAAAGGGAUAAAUACUCACUUUCAUAUAGGAAAAGGGAACAGCUUGGGUUGUGGUUAACUCAACCUGAGCUCUUUGGGGUGCCUGAAUACCUAAAGGACCAACUGAGGCAACUCAGAAACAUGAAGUUAUGUUUUAAGAACUCAUGUAAGACUGAUGAGAUACUUUAUGACUGAAUAAAAGCAACUGUGAUAUCUGAAGUAACUGAAGAAAAACAAAUGCAUUAUCUGUCUUUAAAAUGGGAAAGCAAACCUGAAAAAUUUUCCAGUAUAUAUAUAUAUUAGACUUAGGUAUUCAGAUUUAUGAUUUGCCAUGUUCAUGCAUAUACUCAUCAGCAAAUGUCAGAUAACAUAAUUCAUAAUGAGGCAGAAUUACAAUAAAUUGCCUUAAUUUGUUUGCCAUAUGCUAAGCAUGCCCACAUGUCCGCAUAUGGAUCAGCUGAUGCACAAUAACUUGGUGAUGAGAAAAAUUACUCAUAUGUCUUAAGGUUUUACCAAUUCUGAGUUACUGACUGUAUGAUCUCUUAACAACUCAUUUUUUGAUCUGGUUUAUCAACAAGAACUUUUAUAGACUGACAUCCAUCUUGCUUUGUUACACAAAAAGACAAAACCAAAGUAGCUUAAACAUUUACAAGCGAGAUUCUAUUAGUAUGUUACUGAGUAUUAGGUUCAUCAGUACUUUGGUUUUCUCAUGUGCUUAAUGACAUUUAUAGUCCAAACACAGUAAAAUUUUAUAAAGCUGUGUUUAAUAUUGAUUGAGACUUCUGAUGAAAUCACUGUGUAAAUAUAGAUUAUUAAGAUUUAAAGUUAAGGCUACUUCUCCAAUAGAACUAUAUGGGAUUAAAGAAUGAAUUAGAAUAGUAAUCUCUGAAUUAAUUUCAUUCCUGCAUUCCUGUUCUCAUAAUAAAGAUGUGUUUUUCUGUAAGGGUUUGAAGGUCUUUGUUCUCAGGCACCUAAUUUGUCAGGUUACAUAUCAGAUACUCCUUAACAAAUCUGGCACUUCUUGGGUGAUGAUUCACCCUCCUGGGGAAAAAAGGGUGGAAGUUAUCAAGCACUUACUGCAUACUGGUUCCAUGCUGUUUGCUGCUCAGAAGUUAAAAUAAUUUUAAAAAAAUAAAAAGGAAAAAAUAGGAAUAAAAGGAGGUGUUUCUAUUCAAUGACUGAAAGAUUUAGGGAGCUUUAGAAACUAUGAUUGGUACAGGCAAAUUUUUCUGUUGCUGUUUCUGUAUUUUAAAUUAUCUCAUUACUGUGUUUUCUACUACAAAGUUCUUUUGUUUCAAUAUUAUGAUACUAAAAUUUGCCAUGAUGACAGUGUGGUCUUGCAGGCUUAGUUUCAGUAUUCUGUAAAAUCUGCUGAAGGGCAGAAAAUAAGCCUCUGGAAUGAGAGCUGCUCUGUCCUAAUUGCAGUAUUCCAGCUGGGACUGUGAUUGUGUAUUCUUCAGAGUAGUUCUGAUUUGCCCCAAGGUAUUUGUGUCCCACAGCAUGUAUUAAAUUUUUUAAGGAUAAUAACUUUGCUAAAAAGCUUGCUCAGUAAUUUUACUGUUAACCCCCCAACAUUAUUAAUACAGUAUUGCAUCACAAAUUGCUAUACUUCUCAGAGCCUUCUAAAACUGUAUUUGCUGAAGUUUACUGUUUGCUUCCUUGGAAACCAGGAGUUAUUUCAACAUUUUGAGUUUAAUACCCAUCCUAGAAGUGCCUUAUGGAAGUCAAAAUAAAUUGUGCAAGAGGUUGUCAGUGUUCUGUGUAUUUUUCUUUGCUCAGUCUAUUUCAGGUAAAUAGAAAUGUCUUUUUCAUGAGAAAUAAGGGCAAAGUUUCUGCCUCUUUAAUUCUCUUUUGGCAUCCAAAAUGGACCUAACAUGGAUACUGGAUUCUGAAACAGUGGUAAAAUGUUAAGAAUGCCUUAUUCCCACAGUCCCCUUAAAUAAAAAAAAAAAACCAACCAAAACAUAAAAACCCCUGCAAAUGAACAACCACCUGAUCAGUUAUUAACCAAAAGUCACUUCUUGUUUCUGUGAGUGAGAAUUUUAACAAUUUGAUAUGCAGAUAAUAUAAAUAAGAAAUUACAUUUUAAGAGCAUAACUUUAUACUGAUCAGUCUUGGUACACUUAAGAGUGUCUGUGUGAAGACGUGUAGGAACCAGUUAAUAAAAAUGGAAGCUAGUCUGAGCUUUUUGUCUAAAAGGGAAAAAAAAAAUUGUUUUUGGUACUUUUAGUGAGACAUGUAGGUAGGGUCUGCCCUUCCUUCUCCAAGUACCGUUGACUUUACAGGGUCUACAUACAAAGUUGGUAUUAAGAGUUUAGCCUUUGAAAAUGGACAGUGUUUUCAGCUCUCAUGGACCAGAGGCUGGACUUUGUGGGGCUGUUCUUGCCUCACACGCCUCUUGAAGAACAAUCUUGAGGCACAGGCAGAGGAGAAGAUUGCCCAGCUCAUUGAGCAGCUGGGGCCAAAACAAUGUUUGUGCUUGUUGCUCCUCUGAGGAAUCGCUGCCUUGGUAUUCCUUAUCUCAGUGGUAACAGAGGGGAAAAGUGCUUCUCUGGAGCUCUUUUUCUGUUCAUACCAUUCCUUGCCUGUUGCUGCCUGUUCCUUUCUCGUCUUUACUACACCACCAGAAGCCUCAGACCAAUACAAACAUACAUCCUUAUUUACUUCUAACCUAUGCUCUUAUUUUAAGCCAGUUGACCUUAAUCUUGCAAAUUCUUAAACUCAUUAGGGCAAAUAAUAUUAUGUGUGUAAGUUUUCCUGAUAAUUUCAGUUGACUGGCUAAUAUAUAGAAGUAUUGCCAUGAUGAAAUGUCUCGUGAGAGUUUUUUAGGAUAAUAGUUUAUAUAAAAAUCGUGAUUAAGGUUCAUUUAUGUGUAUCUUCUACCAUAAUAGGUCUUUAAUCUUGGAUAGAGUCCAGCAGAAAUUUUCUUUUACACAGAAAAUUUGUGACUUAAAUUGAUAUUUACAGCUUGAAAUUCCAGCAUAGUAUUUAUGUUGGGGUGGGGGGGGAGGAGGAAAAAAAACAUCUGUAUCCACAAACAUCAAUAAAUUGAUUAUGCCUUGUUAAUGCUAGAUGCCUUUCCUGUUUCUGGCUGCACAGCAGCUGUAUGUUACCAGGGGGCCAUGAGUGUUGCCAGCCAUACAUCUGAGAUGAACAAAGAGUGAUGUUACUCCAGCAAGUGUGCAGGCUCUGUCCUUACAGCGGCUGGCGUCACCAUGAGCACGGAGCCCUCCCACUCCUCCUUGGUAAUUGAUGGUGACAGGCUCUCUGCUGAGCUGUCCCUAACGUAGGGACUGUAUCAGAUCAACAGCUGAGAGAAACGGCCAGCAAACAGUCUUGCUCUGUAGAGACCAAAGCUGUGCCCUUUAAACCAGGCCUUACAAGUACAGGUGUUUGCAAUGACGCUCAGUGUGGGCUGACCGGCUGAAGGUCUCGCUGGUGCGCUCCUUUGCAUCGGAGGUUGUGCUCCUGUACGAAGUGCUGCUGCUGCUGGAAGGGCUGGCCUGCUUGGAGUGAGGCUGACAUGCUUGACAGACGCCUGAUGUCUCCUCAAACUAAGCACAUUGCUCCUGGGGGUUCGGCGGACUCCUACACCAGCCGUCCAUCUGAUUCAGAUGUAUCUCUGGAAGAAGAUAGGGAAGCAGUGCGGAGAGAGGCAGAGCGACAGGCCCAGGCACAGCUGGAAAAAGCAAAGUCAAAACCUGUUGCAUUUGCAGUUCGGACAAAUGUUGGGUACAGUGCAGCUCAUGAAGAUGAUGUCCCAGUCCCAGGCAUGGCCAUCUCAUUUGAGGCUAAAGAUUUUCUUCAUGUUAAAGAAAAAUUUAAUAAUGACUGGUGGAUAGGACGAUUGGUAAAAGAAGGCUGUGAAAUUGGAUUCAUACCAAGCCCAGUCAAACUCGAAAACAUGAGGCUGCAGCAUGAACAAAAGGCCAAACAAGGAAAAUUCUACUCCAGUAAAUCAGGAGGAAACUCUUCAUCCAGUUUGGGUGACAUCGUUCCUAGUUCCAGAAAAUCAACGCCUCCAUCAUCUGCUGUAGACAUAGAUGCCACUGGCUUAGAUGCAGAAGAAAAUGAUAUUCCAGCAAACCAUCGCUCCCCCAAACCCAGUGCAAACAGUGUAACAUCACCCCACUCCAAAGAGAAAAGAAUGCCCUUCUUUAAGAAGACAGAGCACAUCCCUCCCUAUGAUGUAGUGCCUUCUAUGCGACCAGUAGUUUUAGUGGGGCCUUCUCUGAAGGGAUAUGAGGUAACAGAUAUGAUGCAAAAAGCAUUAUUUGAUUUUUUAAAACAUAGAUUCGAAGGGCGUAUAUCAAUUACACGAGUCACAGCAGACAUCUCACUUGCCAAACGCUCAGUGUUAAACAAUCCCAGUAAGCAUGCGAUCAUAGAACGGUCUAACACGAGAUCAAGCCUAGAUGUUUUAGCUGAAGUUCAAAGUGAAAUUGAACGGAUCUUUGAAUUGGCCAGGACACUGCAGUUGGUAGUGCUUGAUGCUGAUACCAUUAAUCACCCAGCUCAACUGAGCAAAACCUCUCUGGCUCCCAUUAUAGUAUAUGUAAAGAUUUCUUCUCCUAAGGUUUUACAGAGGUUGAUAAAAUCUCGAGGGAAAUCUCAGGCCAAACACCUUAAUGUUCAGAUGGUAGCAGCUGAUAAACUGGCACAGUGUCCUCCUGAAAUGUUCGAUGUAAUUCUUGACGAGAACCAGCUUGAAGAUGCUUGUGAGCACCUUGCUGACUAUCUGGAAGCCUACUGGAAGGCCACACAUCCACCUAGCAGCAACCCUCCUAACCAGCUUCUCACUCGCACACUCGCAACAGCCACUCUUCCUAUUAGCCCGGGUCCAAAUAUUAAUUUACAGCAGGGAUCUCAAGGAGAGCAGAGGAAUGACCAUUCGGUCCCUGAGCGCAGCGGUUCCCACAUCGAAGAGGAAGCACGGGUCGAACCCAUCAAGAAAUCCCAGCACCGCUCUUCCUCCAGCCAGCACCACAACCAUCGCAGUGGUGUCAGAGGCCUUCACAGGCAAGAAACUUUUGACUCAGAAACACAAGACAGCAGAGAUUCAGCUUACGUAGAGCCAAAGGAGGACUACUCACAUGAGCAUGGUGACCACUAUGAUUCUCACAGGGAUCAUAAUCACAGAGACGAGUCCCAUGGGAUCAGUGAACACAGACACAGAGAGUCCCGGCAUCGCUCGAAGGAGAGGGACCGCGAGCAGGACCACAAUGAAUGCAACAAACAGCGCAGUCGUCAUAAAUCAAGGGACCAAUAUUGUGACAAGGAUGGGGAAGUGAUAUCGAAAAAACGUAACGAUGCAGGAGAGUGGAACAGGGAUGUUUACAUCCAUCAGUAACUAUUGCCUCUGGCAGUCUUGUGUUUCUUUGAAGUCUUGUAACAAUGUCCCCUGAAAAUAUCUUGGGUUCUUCUUUGCAGAACAUAUGGUAUCCUUCUGUAUGCUGAUUUGUAUUGCUGUUGCUUGCAUAGCAAUAGCAUGAAAUAGAAUAUUCAUAUACUUAUUUUUUUGGUUAGUGCUAUAUGAAUUAGUGUAGUACAACUGAAGAGUUUCUCAUGUUGUACUAUGACAUUUUUCAAGCUGUUUUUGGUAGCUGCCACUUGAACAAUAUCUGUUGCCAUCAAGGUGUUGUUAGUGUUUUUUUUUAAAAAAAAGGUACAUUUGAUGUUUAAUAACUUCCCAUGUAUUCAGCAAGCCAGGAUCAGCACAUAAAAAAUCUAAAACGUUUUGUCUGCUCUGAUUUUUAAUUUGUAUGCACUUGAUUUGCAUAUUGAUUUAAGCACCACUCUGUUGCUUGUACCUCUGGUGGUCUCCGUAUGAAGACAGAAUUCAGUCUUGCCUUACACACAGGGGAUCAUGGAGUCAAAAUCUAUUUUCUAUGUACUGGUACUGUGUACUGUAUAUACAGUUUAUAAAUGUUAUUUCUGCAGACACCUUCUUACUAUAUAAGUUUGAUCACACUGUUUUAGAGUCCUAAUGCCAAGUCAGCAGAUUUGCUUUUGAAUUACUGGCAACUGGAACUAGCCUCACUUAGGAAAUCUGUAACAGUGUUCAAUCUAAAUACUUUUUCUUCUGUAGCAGAAAGCUUAUACUUAUUGUAAAUAUGGAUGAGUGCUUGAGAUAAAGGGUGUAACUCUUAUACCUUAUGCUGUCCUUGCAAACCAAAUUUUGCAUUUUAAAGUUAUGGUAAAGAUAAUGAACUUACCACUAUAAAUUUUUUUUCUCUGUUCAGGUCACAAUAUUGCAAUGGGCACAGCUUAAUUUUUGUUCUACUGUCAGUAAGCAGAGCACACAUGUUGGAGGUGUGUAUGUGAGUGGGUGGGUGGUGGAUUGACGUUUGUGUGCGUGUGCACAUUAGGCAGCAAACUGUGAGAAUCUACUGAAGAAAACAAAGGUUACUCAAAAGCCCAAAAAGUCUAUUUCUACAUUCUGUCUCUUAAUUUAAAAAUCCAAAUUGCAUUCAGGGAAUAUGAGGGAAUUUACUGACCCAGGUAAUUGGGAAAGCAUAAAUCUGCUGGCUCUUUGUUGAGAUUCAGGAAAGUAAAAACAGGCAAAUGUUACUGUGAGUUUCACUGGAAAUGUAAAAUCUUUGUGUUUUAGAGUAUUUGUUUUAGUAAGAAAAGUUUACACAGCUUGUGGAGAGUUAUUUUGUUGGAAAAUAAAUUUUUUAGCUUCUCCACUUUUUCUACACUUGCCAAUUCUCUGCAUUCCCACUCUGCAGCCAGCUCACUGCUUUUCUUUCACCAAAGCUGUUGUGCUGCUGCUGAGAGCAUAGAAAAAUGACUGUGACUCUGUUAGGAGCUUUCUAGAAAAAAUGCAUUGAAUUCGAAGGGAGUGAACACAGUUUGUUUUGCACUGAACACCUGUUGCACUGGUAAGUGGGGGGAAAUUCUCUAUUAUUUUUGACUCCAGGUUCCAUACCCUCGCCUAGUGUAAAAGCUGUUCUGCAUCACAUGUAGUCUUUGUAGUACUUGUAUUAAUGAAAUACUUUUUGUAUUUCCCUGUAAAUAGCACAUUAUAUAAAGACUGUAGUGUGAUAAUAAUUAGUUUAGCUGGAAGUUCUUUUUAUUUAUUAUUUCAAUUCUGGGAAUAUCAGCAUUGCCUGAUUUUGAAUAUCAUUUUAGUGAAAUGGAUAAGAUAUAUGGCAGGUGCAUGCUUUCUCCAGUCUCCUAGCCCAGCAUCCAAGAAACUCGCUUAAACAUUCUCUGCCCUUCCUCUCCUACCCCUCUCCCUGAUGCUUUAUAAGCAUUUUUACAACAAACUAAGAGCGGGAAAUUCAGCUGUCAGUUAUCUGGCCAUUCCUCCCAGUGCUGCUGACUGUUGUGGUUAUUCAAGGGUAGGUUUUGGCUCAAAGCAUGAACUGUGGGAAACACAAAAAAAAAGGUUAUUUUUCUAGAAAUAAAAUUCUCAUCAUUUUCUAAACAUCACUCAAUGGCUUUGUAGAGAAAGGAAGAAUAGGUAAGUAGAUCUGUUGUAUUACUAAAUGGAUAUAGAAGAGUACAUAAACUGGUUUUUGAUACAAGAGAAUUUUCAGGGUAUCUGUAAAAAAUUACAUUAAAAGACUGUUGUUUGAAUCAUAUCAGAUCACAUGUAAGUGAGAAGAAAAUUAUAUUGUCUUGCUCUGUAUAGCCUGGCUUUAGCUAAUUUACCUGCUGCAGUAAAUGGGGUUGCUCCCUGCAACUCAUGACAACUGUGUCAUCUAAGAAGUGAUUCCACUUCAACACCUUGAAUAUUUUGUUCUUUUAUUUGCUGAGGUUUUGAUUGGGUGUGGGGUUUUUUUGCUUUGUUUGUUUGUUUGUGUUUUUUUACUUUUGCUCCAGAGAGUGUUUAUUUUUCAGCUUUCUUAAAGUAUUUUUUAAGGAAUGUUUGGCAGACUUUCAAAGCACUGAGUAGUAUAUGAAAACUAUGGCAUAGGCAGUUGUGUAUAGACAAAUAAAUGAGAAAAUAAAGAACAUAGUCCAAGCCCUAGUAUUUAAGUAUGGCUUAUAUAUUGGUUCAUGGAGUAUAAAGAUAAAAAAAAAAGACAAAUCCAAAUCCAAUUGGUCAUAGAAUUGUGUUUUAUAUAGUGCUGCUAUUUAUGUAUAGACAACAUACUACCAAACACGUGUAUUUCUUAGGCAGACUCACUGAAUAGGUUUUAUUAGCUGAGAUACUUUUUUUUCAGUUUCUGUUUUAAGAGUGACAAAUCAUUUGUAAUGUGAGCUUGUACUACAUAUAUUGCACAAUACCACCUGCCUGCUGAGCACUACUUUGAAAAGCACUUUAACAGAGUUAUGUCAAUAAGAAGCUUUAAAAAUACUCCAAGUGGAGGACAUAUCAAAGAUUAUUGUGAUGAAAUGUCUUUGCAGAGUUUUGCCAUUAGAAGGUUUAAUAUUGGUUGCAUUAGGAUACUAGUGAGUUCAUAUUCUGUAUCUGGUUCCAGGGGUUUUGAAUCUGAGAAAUGGUAGAGGUCCCAGUGAGCUCCAGAGUCUUAUGGAUGUGUGGUAUAAAACAACCUGUAAAAUUUCCAUUCAAAUGAACUAAAAAGACAAUAAAACCAGUGAAACGGAAGGAAAGGGAGGAAGAUAAAAUAGUUAAGCGAUAUGUAAGUCUGGGCAGCUCAACUCUAUUUUUCUAAAGAAUUUCAGUAUAUGGAGGGAAUGGGAUGCAUUUUAAAAUCUGCAUGUAUAUGUUAGAUGUUAACCUUAUUUUUAUGUGAUUUUUCAAAUGACUAUACAUCAGUGCUGAGUAGCCUUAGUCUAUCCUUUACCAGUUGUCUAGUGUCACACAGAUGUCAUGGAAGAAAGAAUUCUCUUCCAGAGGGACUGGAAGGACAUGACAAUAAAAGUCUCCAGACCUGCUAAGGGACAGAACAGUGGGGAGGAAUAAGCAAACAGGUUUGUGCACAAAGGCAGCAUCAGUACGAGUUAUAUGCUGAAAACACUAUUUUUACUAAAUUGAUCUAUAAAUUACUGCCUAGAAUUUAAAGAAUUCUUCUAGAAUGCUCAUGAAUUCAUAUUCUGUAUCUGGCAUCAAGAGUUCAGAAUUUGAAGCGAGUUCCAUAGUUUUUGCUUCUCAAGGAAUAAAAUUAAAUGAAUAGUUUCUCAUAAGGCUCUGGACCUAUUUAAUGAAGAUCAGUUUUAAAGCCACAAAGAGUUUCAGUGGAGCACCUCUUUUCACAGAAAUCUGUAUACUAUUAACCUAUAGCCCUUAUUAUAAAUGGAGGAUAAGAAAAUGAAAUUCCACUCACUGAACCCUGAAUAAAGGGAGAGGCCCAUUUCUACUUUUCUCUGCAUACCUGAUUACUCAUCCUAUACACGCAGUUCCUGCCCAGAUCUAAUACACUGCCCCUUAAUAGUUUGUCUUUUAUGAAUCUGUUAGCUAUUACCAUUUUUAAGCUCUGUUGGUUUGUAAAGUCAUGCUCACAUUCUGGGACACCUGCAAAGGUUUUAAGGGGGUCCAUUAUCAUUCCCUCAGCUGGAAUGAAGUGAGUGGUCUGACUGCUUUUAAUCAAUGGAUGUUCAAAGGAAAAGAGCUGGUGUAAACCACCUCCUGUGUUUGUUAGUUACUAAAGCCUCUUCAAAAUGUAGUUUGAUUUGUGGUUACAUUUGACCUCUGAUUGCUUUAAAACAUCAGGCUGAAAGCUGUUUUCCAAAUGUUUUUGACUUUAUUCUAUUCCAUCCAUAAAAAUCGAGCACAUUGCAAAAAACUUUAUUACAAAAUCUAAACAGAGAAAUUAUUUUUCUGAGUGUAAUACAACAUUUUCUGGUGUACAUUUACUUAUAUUUAUUACUUUAUUGCAGGUCUUUCACCAAAAUCUUAGUUCUUCUAUCAUCUGUAAAAUAUGUGGAUGCCAUUUUUACUGUGAAUGUUUUUAAUCAAAUGUUAUUCAAUCAAUUUUAUUGCUAAGCAAUUUGUCUGUAAUUUAUUUCCCCACUUUUAUAUAACAAACUAUUACAUAUGAGCUUACAGUAGUUUUAUAGACAGUUUCUUUUUAUAACUUACCACCCUAGAAAUGUAUUCCUACGCAGCCCCAGAAAAGGUUUAUAUCAGAUAUAACAGAGAUUAAGCAGGUCCUUUUAACUCAUCCAUAUUCUCAUUUCCUCCUUUAUUCUUGCCACUUUUAUCUAUCAUGCAUACCUACUCUGCAAUGAAUUCUAGCAGUACAAAAUUGGAUUUUCUCAUAAACUUCUUAUUCAUGAACAAUCAAACAUAAAAACAAGGUUCUUUUUAUUUUAAACUGCCCACUCUAAAGUCAUUUCUUGAUUGAUCACCCUCACUAGCCCAUUCCUUAAAAAGCAUAUGAAAUCCUGUGAUCAAAAAAACUGGUGCAAUCUGUGACACUGAAACAAGAAAAAGCUGUAUUAUAAUUUCAUAAUGUAUGAGGCUGCCUAUUUUAGUGUCUUUCUACUGACCAAGACAGAUAUUUAGAUUUGGCACUAUUACUAAUCAUUAUUUCUGCAAAUAGAGAAAACUACUUUUCAGACUUUCUUAACGACAGGAUCUGAUUGCAUGCCUGAUCUAUCUAUUUUGUAGGUUUAAUCUUUCAUUAUAAUGACAACAACUUUUUAAAUUUAAUAUAUAAAUAUCUCAUAUAUAUAUAUAAUAUAUAUAAAUAUAUUCCAUUGUGCUUCAGCAUCAACUGGUGAAGCACAAUGAUUCAGUAUAUAAAGAUUAUCAGGAAAGUAAUCAUGUGAUAUGUUUAAAACAUAUCUACACCAUCCAUCAGAACUGUGUCAAUGAGGAAGUAUUCCUACCACUUGUAAAGUCACAGUAAGAUUGGAAUAGAAAAAAAGGGCAUCCAUCCAACUUUAGUCAUCUAACUUAGCCACACCUGUAGUGAGAGAAAGGAUGCUGGCUCCUUCAAGGGCUGGCGCUCUUAAUUGAGUUUCUGUUCUGACCUGCCUGCCGAAGUCACUCCCCAGUUCCCAACAGAGACAGGGCCCUCGGGAAACAGCUCAGGCCAAUCCCUUCAAUAGCUGAGUGCUCUUCUAAGGCUAGCAGUUGACUUUUGCAGAAACAACCCUAAUAGCUAAAGUUCAUAUAUCAGUAUUUUUUUCAGGUGAAGUUUGCUUUGCAAUUACACUGGAAUAAACUAAAAGUUAGUUACAUUUUCUUCCCACCCCCAAGAAACCUCUUCUAUAAUAUCAAGUGAGGUCACCUCCUUAAAAUGCCUAUCAUCCAAACCUAAAGGAAGUGGGAGAUGUCUCAACAAAUAUUCCACUAAAAAUUCAGCAAUCUUAAUUCUUUCAAAUUCAGCAUUGCACAAAUCCUGCUACUGAAACUGGAGGUAAAGUUCCUUACUUUAUAUGAAUACACAGACUUCAGUAUAUAGUUUAUGUGUGCUGAUUAAUGUUUACAAAAUUUCUAUAAUCUGCAAAAAAUAAAAUGCUUUUUUACUAUCACUGAGUUAAAGAUUUCAACAUGUUCCUACAAUAAAAGAUUCAUCCCUUUUGUUUCCAGGUAAUCAUUUUCACAAUAUUUAGACUAGAAAGAUUAUAGUAUGAACUUACAUGACUCUAAAUAGGAUAUCUCACCAACUACUGAUGAAACAAAAUUACUUUAAAUUUUCUUUAGACAUGGUGUGUUUGUUUAAUGGCAAGGAAUGACCAACAGAAGUAGAGAAGCAGUAGACAAGAAUUCCAUUUUCCUAUCCUGCUAAGAUAGGCCUUACAGAGGAUGUACUUGUCAACCUUGGCAGGACAGAAGAAACAUUUCGUUUUUAUUCAAGAGCAGUAGGAAACAUACAGUAUCAAAACAUUUAUGGAAAAUAUAAGUAAACAACCAGACUACCGAGAAAGAGAAUUGUAUAGAUGGUUUUGAUUGCGAGCAAAUACAAAACACAUUUCUUACAGCAGAAAGACUAAUGAUAAAAGAACUAUUGCUCUUUUUAAUCCAACCAAAUAAUUAUGUGUGAAAAGACAGACUUUUUCAGAUAAUGCUUUUUAAAACUGGAAAUUGAUGAGUGAGAAGAAAACACCAAACACACACAGAUGUCAGUUUCUGUUUUUCCUUGUCCUUAGCUUUCCUUCUUUAGUGCUAUUGUUAGUUCCAGCAGGACUGAGAAUACUGUUCAAACUGGAACUGCAGCAGAAUUUUCAAAUACAUCUAACAUCUUUUAAGAAAUUCAAAUUAUUUAAACUUUGAGCAAUGUAGUAAAGCAGUUUUCAUUAGCAUGCUUCCCCAGUUUCAAUUAUCAUGAUUUUAGCUGGUGAUGCUUUCUAACCAAUAAAAAGUUAAUAUCCUUAGUUGUUUGAAAGGUGAUUUGCAACAUUUCAGAUGGUAUUAUGCAUUGUUUUCUGUCUUUUGAUAUAUUAAUCAUAACUGUAGCCCCUUCUGUUACAAAUGUUUGAUUUUAAAACUGUCACUUGUCAGCCAGUCCAAUAGGCUAUUUCAGAACCAAUACAGUUUAUGCAUGGGAAGUUUGAUGUUGAAACAAUAUUUAUUUACAUUCCCAGAGUGAGAUGGUUUAAUAUAUUCAUGCUGCUAUAAAAGACAUGCUACAAAGCCUAAUCGUAUUUUGUGUAUAUACUAUGUGUACAGAGAAUCUUGCUUGUAUUAAAAUAAAAGAGA